AUGAGCAUUGCAAUCAUUGACUUUGGCUCAUUUGCCUUGGGUAAAGCUGAACCCUCAGCCAAUGAAAUGAAACGAUUAUCCACAGAGAUCUCAAGGGCAUUAAAUGAAUAUGGAUUUGUGUACCUCAAAAACACUGGAAUAAAAGAAGAGCAAGUGUUUGAAGCAAUGGACAUCUGCAGUAAGUUCUUUCUACUUCCUGAGGAUAUUAAACGACAAUAUGCCCAUUCAAAGGACUCCGACACUCCAUAUCAUGGAUGGUUUGAUCUCGAGAGUGAGAGUUUAAAUCCAGCACAACCCAAAGACCUGAAAGAAGCCUUUAAUUUGUCAACAUUGACUUCAAAUGAUAAAUGGCCUAUCAAAGAGGCUCCCGAGUUUUCAAAUUGUUUGGAAGCACUCUUCAGAAUAUGUGAGGAGAUAUCUAUGCGAACUAUGAAAGUAAUUGCACUGAGCCAGGGUGUGGAAACUGAUUUCCUUGUCAGCAAGCACCAAAAGAUGGGCAGUAAUUUAAAUCCUUCAACUCUCAGAGCUUCAUGCUACCCACCAAUACAGAAAUCCUCACUGAAAGAAAAUCAGACACGAUGUGGAGAACAUUCUGAUUAUGGAACAUUCACUUUACUUUUCCAAGAUAAGAAUGGAGGAUUGGAGAUCUUGUCCAGAUCUGGCCAAUACAUCGCUGCUCCCUACAUUCCCAAUACAGUUCUUCUCAUCAUAGCCAAUCUUCUGCAGAGGUGGACAUCUGACAGAUGGAUUUCCACAAAACAUCGAGUCCAAAUUCCACAGACUGAAGACGCGUUGAAAACAACCAGACAGUCACUGGCUUUCUUUGUUCAUCCAGAUCAUGAUGCAAUAGUCACAUGUUGUGAUGGACUGGACAAGUACCCACCCAUCACUUCGAUCCAGUACCUAAAGGAUAAACACAGUGAUAUAUUUUACAAAGAAUCCUAUCCUUCUAGUGCUUGA